AUGGCAGAACCCAACCAUGCCGGCAUCGCUUUCGAGAAGCCCGCACGAGCGACAUCACUUCACUGUCCACCAUUGUCGCCCGAUCAUUCCAUCCGGUCAAUCCUUUCACAGAUGCGACAAUGGUGGUCCCGAAUAUACACCGGCGUGCUAGAAGACCUGACGUCUCGCGCUUUCACGGCGGUCGACUCCAGCAAGGACCAGGCAGUGGGCACUCUGCUUCUCCGACUCUGUGCCCCGACAGACAAGGGCACUGGGAUCUGGACAAUGUACAACAUCACACCAGACCACGGUGAAGCAGCGUUCAAGUCGAUGAUCGAUGGUAUGGUCGAGCACCGCGAACGGUUGAUCACGGAAACGCACUUUCUGAUCGAGCUCUUCGGCGUCGAUCACGGCUACAAGGGCCGCGGGAUAGGUCAACGACUCCUCGCUAUGGCUUGUGAGGCAACGGAUGACUCGAGCCGUGAAAUCUUCGUGCAGGCCAACGCCAGUGCGAAGGGCUUCUACUGCAAGCAGGGAUUCGAGGUCAAGGGUGAAACUGUGAUGCCGGGGGAGUUGGAGUACAAGGAGUAUAUGCUUGUACGGCCUUGCAGCAAGCGAGCAUCAUGA